AUGUCGUCUACACCAUCCCGGCGCUCGCAGCGCAAUUCUGCUUCUGCCACUCCCCGCCGGAGUCAGCGCAACUCUCAACUUCCUGCCAGCAGUCCCACUGCUGUCAAUCAACAGCUGCAAUCCGAAGCCUCGCAAGCUUCCACCCCCAGGAACCGCAUCCAACAACAGAACGCCCCGACCUCUUCUCCUCUGUUCUACAAUGGCUCUACGCCUGCCGGCAGCUCCGCUGCUGCUAAUGGCGCCCCCAAUGGCACCGAUGGCGACAGGACUCCGAGGGCGUCGGCCAUGAAUAUCGGAGACUCAUCGCCCAUCCGCUACUCCAGUUCCAGUCCUGGACGUGCCGCCAAUGCGCAGCGCGACCCCCGCAGUGCCAGCAGUGGCCUGUUCGUCCGAUCAUCACUAUCCGGUCCGCCAGGCUCGUCGGCACGCAACAGGCGAAGUGACAUAAACUCCGAUGUUUUCGGAGGCGCAAGCGCUCGUGGCCGUCGUCUCUUCGUUGACGAGCACGGCAACACCAUUGGCGCCAGUGGCCAGGCAUCGGAUGUCGCUACCUUCUCCCAACUCGAUCCCCAUACCUCGGACGCCGAAGCGAUGGGCGGUGACUCCACAAGGGUCAUCUGGGGUACCAACAUCUCCAUCGUUGAUUCCAUGCACGCCAUGAAGGACUUCCUUUGGAACUUUCAAAAGAAAUACCGCAUGAUGCAGGAUGAGACUUUGUCCGAGGGGCAACAACUGCCUCAGGAUCACCCCGGGACGACGAAGGAAUACAUGGAAAUGAUGAAGACAAUGCUGGACCUGGGGGUUACAGCACUCAAUCUGGAUGCGCGCAACCUCAAGUCUUAUCCUCCUACACGAAAGCUGUGGCAUCAGCUGCAGGCCUUUCCCAACGAAAUCAUCCCGCUUAUGGAUGUGGCGGUUAGAGAUGUCAUGGCCGAGCUGGCUGAAAAGCGCAUGAAUGAGAUGAGGACGCAGCAGCAGCAGGCUCAGAGGCCACAAAGGACGAGAGAUGGCAGCUCCUUGCCGCCGGUCCCUAGCUCCGAUGUCGAUUCUCCUGCUGCGUUCCCCAGUGAUUCUGCUGCCGGCGUGCCCGACUUGGUUCGUGAGGUUGAAUCGAGGGUUUACAGAGUCCGUCCUUUCGGUCUGGAUCAGACGAUCAAUCUUCGCGAGCUGAACCCAGGCGACAUGGACAAGCUGGUCAGCAUCAAAGGCCUUGUCAUUCGGACUACUCCGAUCAUUCCUGAUAUGAAAGAUGCUUUCUUCCGCUGCUCCGUCUGCAAUCACACUGUCAAGGUCGACAUUGACCGCGGCAAGAUCGCCGAGCCCACCUCGUGCCCCCGUCCGGUUUGCGCCUCGCCCAACUCGAUGCAAAUCGUGCACAAUCGGUCUGGAUUCUCAGACAAGCAAGUCAUCAAACUCCAGGAGACACCCGACAGCGUUCCAGAUGGACAGACACCGCACUCGGUUUCCCUGUGUGCGUACGACGAGCUUGUCGAUGUUUGCAAGGCAGGUGACCGGGUGGAGAUUACCGGUAUUUUCAAGUGCAACCAAGUCCGUGUCAAUCCGAGGCAGCGCACUGUCAAGAACAUCUUCAAGACCUACGUCGACGCCCUGCAUAUCCAGAAGGUCGACAAGAGGAGAAUGGGCAUCGAUACUUCCACGAUCGAAGAGGAACUCUCCGAACACAUCGCUGGAGAUGUCGAGGAAACGAGGAAGGUCAGCGAGGAGGAAGAGGCUAAGAUCAAGGGGGUCGCUGCCCGUCCGGACGUCUACGAGCUACUUGCCAGGUCAUUGGCUCCCAGCGUUUACGAGAUGGACGAUGUGAAGAAGGGCAUCCUCCUCCAGUUGUUCGGUGGCACAAACAAGUCGUUCGAGAAGGGGGGCAGCCCGAAGUACAGAGGUGACAUCAACGUUCUCCUCUGCGGUGACCCGUCCACCUCCAAGUCCCAGCUGCUCCAAUACGUCCACAAAAUUGCACCACGUGGUGUGUACACCAGCGGCAAGGGUUCUUCAGCUGUCGGUCUCACCGCAUACGUGACACGCGACCCGGAGACACGCCAACUUGUGCUUGAGUCCGGUGCGCUCGUGCUGUCAGAUGGCGGCGUGUGCUGUAUCGACGAAUUUGACAAGAUGUCGGAUGCAACCCGCUCGGUGCUACACGAAGUCAUGGAGCAGCAAACAGUCUCCAUUGCCAAAGCUGGCAUCAUCACGACUCUCAACGCCCGCACCUCCAUUCUCGCGUCGGCAAACCCCAUUGGCAGCAAGUACAACCCCAACCUCCCUGUCCCACAAAACAUCGACCUGCCUCCCACCCUUCUCUCGCGUUUUGACCUGGUUUAUCUCGUCCUCGACCGCAUCGACGAACAAAACGAUCGCCGUCUUGCACGCCACUUGAUUGGCAUGUACCUCGAGGACAACCCCGCCAACGCCGCAGCCAAGGAAGUCCUGCCCGUCGAGUUCCUGACGGCCUACAUCUCGUACGCCCGCACGCACGUGCAACCGCGCCUCACGCAGGCGGCGUCGGACGAGCUCGUGAGCGAGUACGUCGCGAUGCGCAAGCUGGGCGAGGACGUGCGCGCGGCGGAGCGCCGCAUCACGGCGACGACGCGCCAGCUCGAGUCGAUGAUCCGGCUGGCCGAGGCGCACGCCAGGAUGCGGCUGGCGCCCGCGGUCGAGGCGGCCGACGUGCGCGAGGCGGUGCGCCUCAUCAAGAGCGCGCUCCAGCAGGCCGCCACCGACGCCCGCACCGGCCUCAUCGACAUGGCCCUGCUGACCGAGGGCACCAGCGCCAGCGAGCGCCGCCGCCGCGACGACCUCAAGACGGCCGUGCUCGCCGAGCUCGACGACAUGACGCGCGCCGGCGCCGCCGUCCGCCUCGGCGACGUCAUCCGCCGCGUCGGCGAGGGCGCGGGCGUGCCCGUCGAGGGCCAGGAGGUCGUCGACGCGCUGAGGGCGCUGGAGGCCGAGGGGAAGGUCCAGGUCACCGGUGAGGGCGCGAGGAGGAGCGUCAGGAGGGUCACUGGUGUUUUAUAA